AUGAUAGUCAGAGGUGGCACAGUGAGUGCCAACAACCGCUCCAGGGCCCAGGAGAGUGCCAACAACCGCUCCAGGGGCCAGGAGAGUGCCAACAACCGCUCCAGGGACCAGGAGAGUGCCAACAACCGCUCCAGGGACCAGGAGAGUGCCAACAACCGCUCCAGGGACCAGGAGAGUGCCAACAACCACUCCAGGGACCAGGAGAGUGCCAACAACCGCUCCAGGGACCAGGAGAGUGCCAGCAACCGCUCCAGGGACCAAGGGAGUGACAACAACCGCUCCAGGGACCAGGAGAGUGCCAAUAACCACCCACAGGGACCAGGAGAGUGCCAACAACCGCUCCAGGGACCAGGAGAGUGCCAACAACCACCCCAGGGACCAGGAGAGUGCCAACAACCCCUCCAGGGACCAGGAGAGUGCCAACAACCGCUCCAGGGACCAGGAGAGUGA